GUUUCGUGAGGGGUGGUGUAGUGUUGUGACGAUUAAAAUUUACAGUUGUUAUGAACUAAUGAUUUGUGGCAUUUUGAAUAUAGUGUAAUACUUUUUGUUUGAAACUCGAUUAUUUUUACAAAAUUAAGGAUUAACUUAGUGUUUUUAUCCCUAAUGGAUUGUUGUUUUUUAUACGUUUUUCUCUACACAUGUGAUCAAUACAACAAUUAUUAUUAUCGAGCACGAUUUCUUCGCUAAUGAGGAUUUCACGUAAAAUGAAGCGCCCGUAAAGGAAAACUACAUUCGAAAGCCACAAAAAACAGACAAGAUGGAGGAGCGGGACAAGGACGAGGGCCCCGGCGUGCCCGACAUGACCAUGAUGCCGCAGAUCACCGAGCAGGCCAUCAACGACAACCUCAAGCGGCGCUACAUCCACGAUCUCAUAUACACAUACACAGGAUCAAUUUUAGUGGCAGUCAACCCAUACAAAGAAUUAGGAUGUUACAAUAUGGAGGAUAUGCAAAACUAUCGCGGCAGAGCCUUUGGGAGCCUUCCGCCGCAUGUUUUCGCGCUCGCCGAGUCGGCCUACAGCUCCUUGCAGAAUGGCGAAAGGAAUCAAUCAGUUGUGAUAUCGGGCGAGAGCGGUGCAGGGAAGACGGAGACCACAAAGCUUAUCCUGCAGUACCUUUGCGCUGCUGGUGGUCAAGCUUCUUGGGCUGAACAGCAGAUCCUUGAAGCUAACACUGUUUUAGAAGCUUUUGGUAAUGCAAAGACUGUACGUAACGACAACUCGUCCCGGUUCGGAAAGUUCGUGGAAGUGAGACUGGAUCAUCGGGGAGGGAUCCGAGGUGCAGUGUUACGGGACUUUCUGCUGGAACGAGCGAGGAUCACGGGCCCUGCGCCCAAGGAGACCAAUUACCAUGUGUUCUAUCAGCUGGUUGAAGGAGCUAAGCACAAUGCCGAACUUCGUAAUAUAUUACGGCUUAGAGAUGGCGUACAUUUUAAAUACCUGAAUCCAGAAGAUGAGGAAGCUAGAAAGGGUAGAGGUGGUGAACAGGGGAAAUUGGAGGCGCUGCAACUAGCGUUAACAGUAUUGCAAGUACCCUUGCAUAUGUGUGAGGGACUCUUCAAAGUGCUGGCUGCGGUUCUGUGGCUGGGGAAUAUACAGUUUCAGGAUAUAGAUGGUGAGCGGACUACCUUGGCACCAGAAGAUGCAGAAGCAGUAGAUGCAGUGGCCAAUUUGUUAGGUUUGGCGCCGCCUACCGCUCAAAGAGUGCUGCUUGAGCGACAGAUCAAUGUGAGGGGCAAUGUUACUGAUAUACCGCUGCGAUUACCAGAGGCCAGAGAAAACCGGCAUGCGAUGGCCCGAGCGCUAUAUUCCCGCACUUUCGCCUGGCUGGUUAGACACGUCAAUAGCUGUUCAGCUCCAGGCAGAGAAGCGAAGCGAGCUCUCGGAGUUCUAGACAUCUUCGGCUUUGAAAACUUCGCCGCGAACUCUCUCGAACAACUGUGCAUCAACUACGCGAACGAGAAACUUCACAUGUUCUUCAACAAUUACGUGUUUGCACUUGAACAGGAAAUUUAUCGCCAAGAAGGAAUCAAAUACCAUCAGAUACAGUUCACCGAUAAUGCUGCAUGUUUGGAACUUUUGGAGAAACCACCGAGAAGUUUGCUCAAAUUACUUAGUGAACAGUGUCAUAUGCCGAAGGGUUCAGACAGCGCCUACCUCACAAACAUCCAAGGCGAGUUCGGCGAACACCAAAGCUUCGUCAAAGGGUCCCGACGGAAAUGGGAGGAAGAGUUCGGGGUGCAACACUACGCGGGCACGGUCACAUACAGCGUGCAAGGCUUCGUGGACAAGAACCGCGAUACACAGCAGGACGCGUUCAUCGACCAUCUCAGCAGAUCUGCCAAUCCUUUUGUGAGGGAACUGGCGGAUUAUGUGCAGGAUCUGGCGCCACCGGGACAUGAUAUUUCGCUUUCAAGUCCCGGUUCAACGAGCACUACGCAAAGAGGAACUUCCAAAGGCAGACCCACAGUAGUCGACACUUUCAGGGCACAACUACAGUCGCUAGUUGACAUGUUGCAAGCUACUGAUGUUUGGUAUGUCCGCUGCAUCAAACCAAACGAAAACAAAGAGGCCGGCAAAUACAACGACCAACUCGUUCUAGAGCAGCUCCGAUAUCUGGGCAUGAACGAAAUAGUUCGCAUCAGGCGAGACGGCUUCCCUGUACACUUGCCAGCGCCAAUGUUCCAGACACGAUACAGAUGUUUGCUGCCACACCCUCGACCUAUUAACUCGGAUAUAGCAUACAUUAUGGGACUAGUGAACGCGCCAACAAAUGAUUGGCAAAUAGGGCAUACAAAGAUAUUCAUGAGGAGUUCAGUGCACGGCCCGCUUGAAGCUAGGAGAACAGCUCUGCUGCAAUCAUCAGCACUCCUGAUACAGAAGUGGUACAAAGGCUCAACAAAACGUCGGCAAUACUUGCAAUGGCGUCGAGCAGCAAUAGUUCUCCAGGCCGCUUGGCGAGGAUGGUUCGACAGAGCUGCCUUCCUGCGCUUACGAAGAGCCGCCCUAACCCUGCAGAGGCAUCUACGCGGCGCCUUCGCGAGGGAAGUUGCUGCUGCCUUGAGGGAAAUGAAGAGGGUCAACCAGGAGAUCAAGUUGAGGGAAGAACGGAACAGCCUCGCAGAAAAAGCCGAGCAAGAGCGCGCAGAACUGGAAAGCAUGGCGGACCAACUCCGUGGAAUCUCAUGUUCCGGGGCCAGAGCCGAGUCUGUCAACCUGGACAACCUGUUCGACUUCCUGGCGGACGUGCCCGCGCAGCGCGGCGCGCCCGACGGACAGUCGCACCAGCCCACUAUUGCGGAGAUCGGGGACUCCAUGGAACGGCUCGCGGACGAUCUGCAUCAUGAGUUGGAGAACGUGCUAGCGGAAGAAAUGGACGACUUAAGCAAAGAGGACACGGAAUAUCAUCGCAAGCCCGACGGCGCUCCAUCCGACGCCAUCCCCCCACCACCCCCAACCUCUCUCGCACUACAAUCCAUCCUCCAACCCGCCACUCCAAUCGGCUCUAUGUCGUUAUCGAUGACAAACGGCGUAUCGUCCAAUGGCGUGUCGCCGACUAAUGGUAUGACGUCAUCGCUGACCAAUGGCGACGUGAUGUCGUCAUCAUUAGUGAUGCCUCCACCUCCGUCUGUGGAGCUGGCUGUGGAAGAAUCUCCUAAUUACCCACCUCCACCGCCUUGCUCUUUGCCUGAACCGGCCGGGCCGCCGCCGCCACCGCCUUCAACCAAAGAUGUAACACCACCAGAACUCACAAACGGUAUAAUACCGAACGGAAAAGUGGCUGUGAUAAAGGACAAGGAACCGAUAUAUGAAUCGGUAAUUCCUCGCCCGAACGCCGAACCGCUCCUGACAUCUCCACCGCCACCACCGCCUUACCCACCUGAAAGCAAUGGAUUUUUAUCCAACAAGGAGGAAGCGGAACCUGAAGCACCCCUACCGCCGUUGCCAAGCAACGUGACGUCACCAGAAAUGGCCGACACCACGUCCCCCAUCGGCACGGAUUCUUGUAUCAGUCCUCCUCCAACAAUGAAUGGUGACUCUAAUAAUGCAGAACGCCACGCACGUCGUAAAGAGCGAGUGGAACGUAGACUCCAUCAAUUGGAAACUCCUGCUCAAAACACUGAUGCUCCUCCAGAUUCCACGAAUGACCUCUCUGAGUUUGCUAAACUGUACUUCAAUGACCAUCCGCGAUCGCCCGAAGGUACAAUAAUGGCAACGCUUACGCGUAAGAGUAAGUCAAUGGAGCUUCUAACAAAGGAGGAAAUGAUCACAUACCACAAAGGAAACAACAUUCCCACUUCUCACAUUCAGCUGCACGAUCCCGAUAGCGUCACCGCGGCUGUGAAUAUAUUCCGAGAUUUAUGUCGAUAUAUGCGAGGCGAACUGACUGCAGAAAAAGAAACGCAAGUCAUUCAAUCCAUAAUUGGGAAAGGACUGGAAAGGGAAGAGUUGCGGGAUGAAAUAUUAGUGCAAUGUGUUAGACAGAUAACAGAAUGCCCCGUCGAAGACUGGGCAGAGCGUGUAUGGCUGAUCCUUUGCCUGUGUGCUGUAGCCUGGCAACCCAGCCGCGGCCUGGCGCGAUACUACUGCACGUGGCUGCGCGCUAGAGCCCGCCCCGUGACCUCGCCCGCGUCCACUGGCUCCGUCACCUCAGUGGCCUCGGUCACCAGUACCGCCAGGGCUGCGCAUUGCGCUCAAUGGUGUUUGGACAACUGCAGAGGCGCUACACCGAGACAGUUGCCACCUAGCACUGUGGAGAUUGCGGCAAUGCGUCGCCUGGGUACAAUAGUGUGCCGGUUCUUCUUCCUGGACGGGCGCACGAAGGCCAUCGACGUGCACCCGGCUGACACGGCGGCGGCGGCAGCAGCGCGCCUCGCCGACAAGCUGGGGCUGGCGCCGCCCGCGCGCGCCGGCUGGGCCGUGUACCAGCAACGCGCCGGCGCUGAGGAACACGUGCGCGCAACCAUCUAUCUCUACGACGUUAUCGCUGCGUGGGAGAUGCAACAAGGUCCCGGAGGUGGUUCAGCGGACAACCGUUUCGUAUUCAAGCGAAGACUCUUCAGAGGGGGAAGAGAGUUACCUCAUGACCCCGUCGAAGUUGCAUUGCUCUACGCUCAGGCCGUUCAUAGCGUAGUUAAGAUGGAUGAGUUUCCCGUAUCAGAAAAAGUGGCGCUUCAACUAGCAGGGCUUCAAGCCCAAGUGUCAUUGGGUGAACCGCCGCCCAGCCCGCCUCCGCCGCACACUCGGGCGUACUACUCGCACCCAGAACAGUUCCUACCUCCCAGAGUUGCCAAACAACGUCCUGCGCACCAGUGGGCCACAAUAUUAGCGCAAGCUCAUCGACAAUACGGAGCUGGGCGAGCAGAACUUACGGCCAAGGCUUUGUACCUGUCUUGCGUGAUGCAGUAUCCUCUCUAUGGAGUCACUCUGUUCCCUGUCACUUAUAAAGGAUAUUGGGCUCAUGGUCCAAAUGUACUUUUGGGAGUGGGUGCCGAAGGUGUGGUGCUCGUUCGACCGGCGGACAAAGUGGUUCUCGCGGAAUACCCCUACACCAACAUCGCUGCAAUAUUGAUGGACCCCGUGGACAAUGGUCUGACGCUUAGUUUGACUCAUCACGGACAGCAUGAUGGGCUCAGAUGCAUAGUACUAGAGUGCUCCCAAAAAGCCGAAGCGGCCUGGUUAAUGGCGGCAUACAGUCCCGCUCUUGGAAGCAGCCUCACCGAGGAGGCGCCUCGUCGCGCCGCGCCCGCUGCGGAAAGAGCUAGGCUUGCCAAUGCGUUGAAAGCAGCUAGACGAGCACUCAUAGAUUCUGCCUUGCUGAGAAGACCACAGGAUCUGUCUGCCGGAGGAUUCCUUAGGAACACACUGAGGAGGCUCAGCAAGCACCGCCUGGAGCGAGUGAGGCUGGACAUAUCGGCGGAGACGCAGGGCGAGUGCUACAAGGGCUUCCCGCCCGCCUACUGGUGCUGGGCGCGCAGCCUGCCGCACAGCCUCACUAAACUGAACGAGGCUGAAGAGGUCGCGGCUAUGCAGAUAUUCAAGGAUAUAAUGAGUCACGCAGGGCUGAGCAGCAACGAGGGCAGCACGACAAAUCUGGCCAACAACAACAGCGUUAGCAGCCACGAGAGCGACAGCGACGACCGCGUCGCGCUCGCUCAAGCGCUGCUGCAACGCUGCUUGCAGAAGGACACGCUACUUUGCGAACUGUACGCACAACUUAUCAAGCAGACGACGGAACAUCCAGACCCAAGUUCCCGAGUAUCAGCAAGGCAUUGGGCGUUACUAUGUGCAGCGGUAGGGGCCGCGUUGCCGCCAGCAAAGCCGCUGCGGCGAUUGUUAUUGGCACAUUUGCGGUACCGUGCCGCAGCGCUCCAAUCCGCUGAAGAGGGCAAGUUCGCGAGACGAGCGGAACAGGUGGCUUUAAGCAUAGCUCAAGUACCACGGCGUCUAGCUGCCCCUUCAAAAGAGGAGCUCCUAUGCGCCGCGGCGCGCAGGAACAUGCACGUGCGCGUGCUACUGCUGGACGGCAAGCAGCACGGGCUGGUGUUCGGGCCGGCCGCCACUGCUGAUCACCUGGUCGCCAUGUUGCGGGAUAAGAUCGGCUUGAAUGAUGCUGCUACUGGUUACGCGCUGUACGAGGUGUGCGCAAACUCAAGCCCCGCCGGCGCAGGCGAAAGAGCACUGGGUGGCUCAGAGCGUGUAGGCGAUGUACUUGCGCGGUGGGAGAAAGCCGGCGCCACGGCUGCUGCGUGCAGGCUGGUAUUCAAGAAGCGGCUGUUCCUGGGCGAGCGGCCGCUGCACACGGCGUGCGUGGCGGAGAUGGAGCUGCUGUACUACCAAGUGCUGCACGCCGUGCGACACGACCGGCUACCCAUCGAAACUGACGAAGCAGUAAUGCUGGCAGCGUUACACGCGCAAGUGGUAAAGGGCGACUGCUUGGGCGGCGGCGAAGAGUGCUCCGCAGCGGCCGGCGCGGUCUUGCCCGCGAGGCUCGCCAACCCCGCCCUGCCCGCGCCCGCAGUACGCCUACACCACCUCGCGCUGCGGGGAACGGAACCGCAUGCGGCUAUGCAACGCGCGCUCACACUUGCAUCGUCGUGGCCGCUCACACGGGCCACUAUCUUCGAUGUUAUGCAAUCGUUCACAUCUAACUGGCCGCGAGCAUUGUGGCUGGCGGUAGACGCACGCGGUCUCACGCUGCUCCGUCGCGGCGCGCGAGCAGCGCUGGUGUCCCACGACCAUGACCAACUCCUGGCCGUGUCUCCGGCUCCGAGGGCGUUGCUGCUGGUGACGCGAGCAGACCGCAAGCACGCUAAACUCGUGCUCUCUACGGACCAGGCGUACCAGAUCGCUACGCUGAUAAAGGACUACAUCGAGGCGGUGCGCGGGCCCGUGUUCCCCGCCGUGGCGGCGCCCGCGCGCGCCUCCUGACACCCGCCCGCCUAGUGCCAAUGCUUCCACGUCGCGCACAAGCACUAGCCGCACUGCGCUAGUGCCGAGACAGCACUAGCCGUACUACACUAGUACGCUGGUGCCGAGCUAGCACUUGCCGCACUACACUGGUGUGUUGGUGCCGAGAAAACACUAGUCUCACUACACUAUAGUGAUUACAUUUUGUCACUGCAGUUGCAGCCAUAAAUCAAGCUAUGCGUAGUGAUGUGCAUGUCAAGCACGCGCUAUCAUUAAUACCACUGUGAGUGACUCUUAUUAUUUGUACUU